AUGAAGGCUGUUUCUCUCCAGGUCCUGUUUGUGCUGAGGGUCUUGUGCCUGGCAACCCUGGCUGGAGGGCAACCCAAAGCACAUCUGAAGUGUUCAACAGAGUGCAGCCAUUUUACAUCUGGGAUAGCAGCAAAGCGGAUAAGGAGCUACCGCAGGACUGAACCCCGCUGCACCAAACAAGCCAUCAUACUUAUUACUCUGAAGUCUGUGGAGAUUUGUACAGAUCCAGAGGCAGAGUGGGUGAAGAAGAUUGUAGAGAAACUGGACCAGAAAAAGGCUGCAGCCUCCCCACUUCCACGUGAUGCCGCCUCAGCAGCGGUGCUGGCAGAGCCCAGCCAUGUUGGUCUUACAGUAACAGCUCCAUCUCAAGCGACUGCUCCAACUAGUUUCUUCCAAGGGAGUGGCACAACAGUUUUGGAGAGAAUACAUGUUCCUGCUGCCAGGACAGAGGUGUCCAGAAAGUCCUCACCAGCCAUGCAGGACACCACCCAGGUCCUUGCAGGAUCAUCCCCCAUGAUAUGGGAAGUUGCUGCCCACUCUGAAGUCACUCUAGAAGCAAACAGAGACUCCUUAAAAUCUCCUGCACCUUCAACAACUUUUGCAGCAGGCAUGGUCUCCAGCCAGCCCACCCCAUAUCCCACAGCUCUUGUGCAUGGCUUUGAAAAUGCCAUAGGAUCUACAGAAGAACCUGUAGGACAUACUGUAAAUGCUAUGGCUGAUGUUCGAGAUGCAACUUCUCCUAGCUCAAAUUCAGACCCCAUGGUCAUUACUAAAGGAUCAGACCAUCCUAUACUUUCUACAGAUGAAUCCCUGGACCCUACAAGUACAAGAGCCAAUGCACCAGACACUGCUUCUAGCAGCUUUAGUUCAGAUGUCCCCUCCAUCCUGGACAGCAGGGAGAUCACCACAGUCCCAGCCGCACCAGUUCCACCAGAGACUACUUCAGUUUCUACUCUAAACCCCACAAUUGCCACAGACAAAGGUCCUUCUGUCCAUAUCAACAAGGUUGUCAGUUCCUCUGCAGAUGCUUUUGGUACCAGAACAUUUGAUUAUUCAUUGCCUGUAGGAAAGCAAGAUCCUUCAGAUACAUUAGUUUUUACUAGUCAAGCAUUCUCAAGCCAAGCCAGAGUGCAGAUGACUACAGAAAGACCAAAAGAUCUGCCUCUUCCCAGCUUCUUGUCAAGAUCUCAAAUGCACUUUGUCUUCCCAGUUUCUGUGGUAGGUGGUCUGAUGGCUUGCAGUGUUGCUGUUGUAUGGCUAUAUCUAAAAUUUGGAGUCAAAACAGAAAAAAUGUCAGGAGAAAUGGUACAGGGCUUGCUUUACCAGAAGGAGGGACAUCAAAACAAUGUCUAUCCAAUGGAAGUAAUCUGA